AUGGGCUCAGAUCGAGGAAUGUAUCUCGAAGAUCUGAACGAGUCGUUGAAAGAUCUGAAGGACGACCUUGAGGACCAGGAACGGAAGAGGCCGGUGUGGCUCCGCAAACAUGAUCCACUGAAGGUGCACGAGACGUACAAGCGAUUCGAUCAGAAGUGGGCUGGCCGUUGUACUGAUGCUGCGCGGCCUUGCGACUGGCUGAACGAGUGGUGGGGACCUGAAUUACAGAAUCCUCUGAGGCUUUCACCAAGGAAUGGUCAACAUCCGAGCGCUCAAGGGUGCCUCACACCACAAUACAUGGGUGGCAGAGAGCACAAGAAGCGCAAGAGUGAUCCGGGUUUCGUGUUCCCAGCAGCUGGGAAGAGGCCAAAGAAGGAGCACAAACGAUUUCUGGAGCCCCAAAUGGAGCGAGAGGACCGCCGUCAUUCAGAACCGCUGUGUCCAUCACAUCUCAGUGACUUGCCGCUGUGGCGACCUGCUAUACCGCCACCAUCUCUGGCGCCAAUGCCAAAGACCAAGUUCUGCAGCUUCUGCGGUGGAAAGGACCAGAGUGAUGGCUCUCCUCUAUCUCUCUGCGUGCGAUGCAAUCUUGUGGCCUAUUGCUCAAAGGGUUGUCAAAGUACUCAUGCACUACCACUUAAGUCAGUAUGCAGACCCGUAGAAGAGCAGUCUCUGUCACCGAAUACCUCGAUAGACAUGGGCAACUACAUUCUGGAAGGCCAAGAGGAUGUGCUGGCCGCAGUUCUGGCAAAGUCGGCUGCUGAGGCCGGCGUUCAAUCCGACAAGGUCCCCGAUGGCCAAUGGCAAGCGAAGGUCUCGUCUGGUCCUCCUAAGGACUUCCUACCUGUCAAUGAUUGUGACAUUGUGGGUUUUCGUGUCGACGUGGCGAAUCGCUUACUGGAAUACUGCGUGCGGCACGGCAAGCCGAGGAAAGAAGUCUGGCGUCGCGGAGUGUCACUUCAAGGUGAUCUCUGGACGGGCCGCAUAAGAAGAUUUUGGGACACCAACGCCACUCGCCGCGAUCGAAUGUGGAGGUACCACUUGGAGCAUGCCCAUGACAGCGAGUACUAUCCUGCCCAGAUGGGCCGCUACAUCUUGGCAUUCAAGAUCUUGGAGGAAAGGAAUUUUCAGUUUUUUGUGCAAUUGAAUGAUGAGGAGACUUUCUGGAGCGUCUUUCUCGGACCUGAGUAG